GCUUAGCUAUAUGGCCGUGUUAUGAUGGGAUACGAAUCUACUUCCGCGUUGUGCUAACGAAGCAACGCCUAUUUCUAUGUUUGUCUUACGUACUACGUCACUGGCUGUCCUUAGUAACACGGAGGCGUCUCGAGGAGGCACAAUCGCAACAUGGGUUUGUUAUCAAUCUUGCGAAAGCUGAAAAGUACCCCUGACCAAGAGGUCCGCAUUUUGCUUCUUGGGUUGGACAACGGUGGCAAGACCACUCUGCUCAAACAGCUGGCUUCUGAGGAUAUCAGCCACAUAACACCAACACAGGGUUUCAAUAUCAAAAGUGUGCAGUCACAGGGUUUCAAAUUAAAUGUUUGGGACAUUGGUGGGCAGCGCAAAAUCAGGCCCUACUGGAGGAACUAUUUUGAAAAUACAGAUCUUCUGAUUUAUGUUAUAGACAGUGCAGAUCGCAAACGAUUCGAAGAAACAGGACAGGAGUUGGCUGAGUUAUUAGAUGAGGAGAAGCUCAGUGGGGUUCCUGUUCUCAUCUUUGCUAAUAAGCAAGACCUGCUCACUGCAGCCCCUGCAUCUGAAAUCGCUGAGGGACUGAACCUGCACACCAUUCGGGACAGAGUAUGGCAAAUCCAGCCCUGUUCAGCCCUCACUGGAGAGGGCAUACAGGAUGGCAUGAACUGGGUCUGUAAAAGUGUGAAUGCAAAAAGGAAGUAGACCGGCAUUCUCCCUGCUCAGUUGCUUCAGCAAAAGCAGUGUGUACUUCUGUAUGUAUAAACAUGUCAUUUAUGUACAGCUUUAAAAAAUGAAAAGAUCUGGUUUAUUAAGACAUCUAUCUAAAUAAAUACAUUUUAUAUA